CAAUAUACCAAAUUGUUAUGACCUGUUGGAAACAAAACUAGUGCAAGGUAUCUUGUUAUCGUCUUGUACGUAAAGACACAUGAUGACUCUCUGAGCAGAAGAUAAGAGGAACUCUGUGUGAUCCAAAGGGCUAAAUUCGCUUUGGUUAUUCACAGAAGCAAGUCAGGUGAAAAUGAGGUUCAUUUUCGCGUUCGUUGUAUUUGGCAAUAUCUGCAUCAGUACGGCGGUUGCCGCUGACUGCGCAUGCGCAACAACUGGUGUGAAUGUUCGUGAUGGUGCAGGAACAACUCACAACAUACUGACCACGUUGGCCACUGGAAAAUGCCUUCCUUUCAAAGGACAGAGGCAGAACGUAGCUGGGGAUUCAUGGGUUAAUGUGGAUUAUAAUGGACAAAACGGUUGGAUGCACGAAGGAUAUGUACACAUCAGACCUUGUACCGGAUCUUCAGCUUCAAGCGCUGUCCAGUUGCCCGGAUGUCCACACAUUGUCACACGCCAAGAAUGGGGUGCGCGUGCAGCAAAGUUUUGGAGCGGGAAUCUUCCUAGCACCCCGACAUACAUGUUCAUUCACCACGGUGCUUCCGGAUUCUGCCACACCAAGGCUGAGUGUACACAUAUGGUGAAGUCGUACCAGGAUCAUCACAUGGACGCAAAUGGUUGGCCUGACAUCGGGUACAGCUUUGUUGUUGGUGAGGACGGCAAUGUUUACGAAGCCAGAGGAUGGGAUGAAAUCGGCGCUCAUACCCUGAAUUACAACUCCGUCGGGCUCGCCAUUUGCGUGAUCGGCGACUUCACUAACCGCGUGCCCAAUGACGCUGCCCUGAACGCCGUAAAGCAGCUGAUCAGGUGCGCCCAUGACAACCACAAGAUCACCAACGGCUAUACGCUACGGGGCCACAGGGACGUGUUUAAUACGGCGUGCCCCGGGGACAAGCUGUACGAGCUCAUCAGGACCUGGCCCCACUAUUAACUUACCCCGGCACGUAUAGAGACCCCUGCGAGGGUUGGAUGUGCAACAUGGCUCUACAUCAGCAUACUGCCUUCAUUUCAUUUAAAUUAGCACUAUAUGCAAACUCGGCUCCUAUUGCCUCAAAUUAACCUUUUCACUGUAAAAUUAUGACUGAAGUAAAUAUUAAAAUUAA